AUGCGAUUGUUAGAGUUUUUGGUACUCGAGAAAGUCGCUGGGUUAUUUGAGAAGACAUGUCCGUUGGUCGAUAGUCAGUGCAGAAAUGAUUGUAUUGCGGCGUUGGAAGAGCAGCUAAAGCCGAGAAAAAGUGAAUGCUGGAAGCCCCACGACCCAUGCGAAGAAUUGCCAGAUGAGUGCUUCACCAGCUCGCUGAACAAAGAAGCUUGUGAAAUCCCCUUGAAAAACGUCCAUCAAGUGUCGAAGGGUGACUUUGCCAACCGAACAUGCAUUCAAGGAGAAAGUAGCUGGACAAUUUGCGAAGUGAGCAAGAAGAGAUCUUCUCAGUCGACUUCAUGUCGCCUUUCAAAAGAACUCAAAGACCUGGGAAUUAAACGGCCCGCGAAGAACUUCACUUUUACGUGUGAAAUGUGCUACAUGUCCGACCCCAAAUACCUCAACAACCUUCAAAAGGACGCCGCUCUUGCCCUGAUCCACGACCCACGAAUUGGGAAUUGCCGGACAAUGCCAAAAGACGCUGGUCAUCUCUUCAAACGCCCACAUUUCAAAAUGAGCGUCAGCGUUAAGGAGGACCAUCUUUGCAUCGGCUCAAGGGACUUUUCUCGUCGAUUUCCGUGCAAUUUCACGAGUGGGAGAAAGCGAACAAGUGCAUGUGCUUAUUCGAUAUUUUUGGGAGGAUUUGGAGUUGAUCGAUUUUACUUGGGUCAUUGGAAGAGUGGCGUCGGAAAAUUGCUGAGUUUCGGGGGACUGGGAGUUUGGACUGUUGUUGAUAUUUUAUUAGUCUGUUCUGGAUACAUCGGUCCUGCUGACGGGACUCUCUAUGACAUGUAA